ACUGUUCACAGUGAGGCGGCUCCUCAUUAAUAAUUACAGCCCUGCCCUAAAUACAAAGCUGCUGUUUCUUUAUAACUCUGUCAUGGCUUGUGUUUCCUGCUGACUAACUACAUCUCGCCAUUCCUCUAUAUUAAUAGCUUCUCAGACAGCAGACUCUAAAUGUGGAAAAUAGGUUGUACCUGUAACUUGAUUUAUUUGUGUAUCACUGAUGCUAACAAAUCCCCAAUGUCUACAUUUCGGAACCUUAAAACCUGCAUGUUUUUAUUUAUUGCAUUACUGAUUAAUGAUCUUUUUUAAAGGUCAGAAUUUGUUGGGAAGUUGACAUUGAAGGGUUAAAUCAACACUGUGCUGAUGUUUGACUGAGGUGUUCUUUUACACACCUUUUGUCCACUCCUGAAUGAGAGUAACCUUGGGAGUUGGUGUGAUUAGCACUGUUGCCUCACAGGAAGAAGCUUCCCGGUUUCCUCCACAUGUUUUAGCUUCCUUCCACAUUCCAAAGACAUUCAUGUCAGAUCUGAUCUCCGUUAUAACUGCCAACUCUGUCGACCCAGACACUAUUUUUGCCAACAAUGAGAUGAGCCUGCGAGACAUAGAGAUCUACGGGUUCGACUACGACUACACUCUGGCAUUCUACUCCAGCCAUCUCCACACUCUCAUCUUCAACAUAGCACGGGACAUCCUCGUCACUAACCACCGGUAUCCAGAGGGCCUGCGAAAGUACGAAUACAUUCCAAGUUUUGCUGUAAGAGGACUUCACUAUGACGUCCAAAAGGCAUUACUGAUGAAGAUAGAUGCUUUUCACUAUAUCCAGUUGGGAACUGUAUACAGAGGUCUUCAUCCAGUUCCUGACGAAGAAGUAAUUGCCAUGUAUGAAGGCUGCCAUGUUCCUCUGGAGAUCAUGAGUGACUUCUAUGGCAAGAGUUCACAUGGCCAUACGAUGAAACAGUUCAUGGACAUAUUCUCCCUGCCUGAGAUGACCCUUCUGUCGUGUGUCAACGACUUCUUCAUGAGGCACAACAUCGACUAUGAGCCAGUCCAUCUCUACAAAGAUGUAAAGGAAGCUAUUAGGGAUGUUCAUGUCAAGGGCAUAAUGUACCGAGCUGUGGAGGCGGAUAUUGAGAAGUACAUUUGCUAUGGUGAGCAAAGCCACGCUGUGCUGAAGAAGCUGUCAGCGCAAGGAAAAAAGAUGUUCCUCAUUACCAAUAGCCCUUUUGACUUUGUGGAUCGAGGAAUGAACUUCAUCGUAGGAAAAGACUGGAGGGACUUGUUUGAUGUUGUCAUUGUUCAAGCUGAUAAACCUAGUUUCUUUAAUGACAGGAGGAAACCUUUCAGGCGAGUGACAGACAAAGGUGUGCUGCUGUGGGACAGAAUUCACAGGCUGGAAAAAGGGCAGAUCUAUAAACAGGGAAACCUUUAUGAAUUCCUCAGGCUGACCGGCUGGAGAGGAUCCAAAGUACUCUACUUUGGAGAUCACAUCUACAGCGACUUGGCAGAUCUAACACUGAAACAUGGCUGGAGGACGGGUGCCAUCAUUCCUGAGCUGAGGAAGGAGAUUAAGAUCAUGAAUACACCAGAGUACGUCCACAUGAUGACCUGGUUACAGUCACUGACUGGACUUAUUGAACAGAUGCAGGUGCACAGGGAUCCAACGUCUCGAGCUGUGGUCGAGGAGUGGAUCAAAGAAAGAGAAGCCAUGAAGCCUCAGACCAAGGACAUCUUCAAUGCUCAGUUUGGAAGUCUCUUUCGAACAUACCACAACCCCACUUACUUCUCACGCCGACUCUCGCGCUUCGCUGACAUCUACAUGGCCUCCAUCAGCUGCCUGCUCAACUACGACUUCCAGCACACCUUUUUCCCUCGCCGUACUCCUCUGCAGCACGAAGCCUCCUACUGGCCCGAGCACGGUUCUGCCGGUUUAGGUGCCUCCUCUCCAGCUCCACAGGACCAAAGCAGAGUGUGAUUAGCAACAGAAAACCACCGUAAAAAGCAAAACGCAGAGGCUGAAUGAUCUCAAUCAUUCGUUCAUUUAUUUAAUUUUAUUUUCUUCAGCAUGCCACAUUUUGAAGUGAGCUCCAAUGGUGACAGUUGAUGUAAACUGUUUAUAAAAUUUGUGCUUUAAAUUAGUAAUUUAUGUCCUUGUAAAACAACAAGUCUUAAGAUGAGUAGUUUGUGUUUGACAGAAUUGUUUAAUUAAAUGAAUAGAUGAUUUUAUGCAGUACAAACAACAGGGGGCAGUCACGCACCGUUUUUGUUUUCUCCUAUUUCGAGCUGUGAAUUGCACACAAAUCAUCUAUGCCUUUUAUGUCCUUUGCAUCUGUGGGUGUAAUGGAUAUUUACAGUUACAUUACAGACUGCGUUGCCUUAAUCCCUUUGUUUACGUUACAGCAGUAUUUUUUUUUUUGCAACA